AUUUUUUAUUUGUGAAUUUAUGAAGUGCAGCUGAUGUUUGUUUAUUGAAUUUAAUCGUUUCUCUGUUUAUAACGACGCUAAAUUGAAAAAUCAAUUAGUCAUAAAAAUGGGGAAAAGUGAUAAAAAAUCUAAGAAGAGCCAUAAACACAAGCGAAGGGAGCACAAGGAGAAACACAAGUCUAAGAAAUCAAAAAAGCACAGCCGCCGGAAAAGGGAAGAUUCACCCGCCGUAACCGAGCUGAACAACCAAAAGCAGGAGCCGGAACAGGAACAGGAGGAAGACUUUUCAAUACCAAUAGCGCUGAUGAACAGCAAGUCGCAUGCCCCUGAAACACCGGAGGAGUACCAACGACGGCAGAGCCAAAUCCGCCGAGAGGUAGAUCCCGUGACAGGGCGCACUCGCCUAAUCAAGGGCGACAGCGAAGUACUUGAGGAAAUCGUGAGCAAGGACCGCCACACAGAGAUCAAUAAGAAGGCAACUCGUGGAGAUGGGGAGUAUUAUGAGCAGAGAUCGCUGGAUGCUGCUCGACGCCGAAAGUAAAGAAUACCAAAAAGCAAUAGCCAUUUUUUGUGUCUUUAGAUAAUAAUUAAUAACUGUCAGCUUAAUUAAACAAAUGCUAGCUUCGACUAUA